CUCCGAGCUCUGAACGUCCCGACCUCCAGUAGCAGGUAAAAGCUUGUCUGUUGGUUGGUGGCGCUUACACCUCGGCUUCUGGCACAAAGAAACUGAUGAGAGAGGCCCUGGUGGCGGAGAGUUGCUGAACAAAGUGGAGAAAGAGUGAGCGACGCCUGAAGGAGACGUCAGGGCGCACAGAGCGGUCCGAAGAUGAAGAGUAUGGUCUACCGUGCUUUUUCUCAGAAAGAAGCAAAAGAGUUCGAUGUUCAGCAUGCAGGAGUCGGGCGGGCCGAGGCCUUUGUGAAGGCCUUCCUGAAGCGCAGCGUGCCCCGCAUGAGCCAGCAAGCCCUGGAGGACCAGCUGCAGCGCAAGGCCGUUAUUCUAGAGUACUUCACUCGCCGGAAGAGAAAGGAGAAGAAAAAGAAAUCCAAAGGCCUCUCUGCCAGGCAGAGGAGGGAACUGCGGCUCUUUGACAUUAAGCCAGAGCAACAGAGAUACAGUCUUUUUCUCCCGCUGCACGAACUUUGGAAGCAGUAUAUCCGGGACCUGUGCAAUGGUCUCAAGCCCGACACGCAGCCACAGAUGAUUCAAGCCAAGCUGUUAAAGGCAGAUCUUCACGGUGCUAUUAUUUCAGUCACAAAAUCCAAAUGCCCCUCGUAUGUGGGUGUUACAGGAAUUCUUCUACAGGAAACCAAGCACGUUUUCAAAAUUAUCACCAAAGAAGACCGCCUGAAAGUUAUCCCCAAGCUAAAUUGUGUGUUCACUGUGGAAAUCGAUGACUUUGUAUCCUACAUUUAUGGGAGCAAAUUCCAGCUUCGGUCAAGUGAGCGGUCUGCAAAGAAGUUUAAAGCAAAGGGCACAAUCGACCUCUGAAUUCUUUCCUACCUAAGGCGAUGGUUUAUGACAACUGAAAAUUGGAAACCUCCUGAAUUCCCACCUUUUAGUAAAGAGCUGGUUCAGCCAAGUUCAGUUAUAGCUGACCUCCAGCCAAUGGAAAUCAGAGUUAAGGACAUUAAUAUUAUGGGACGAUGCAGUGUGCCGAGUGAGGAUUCGGGAACAGAGGAAUGUGUAUUUAUAAGCGAUUUUAAUGUUUAUUACUCCCAUGGAGAGAAAAGACUGGUAGAAACAUACCAGGGUUAACACUGGUGAACUUAACUAGCAGAAUCUUGAGGUCCUUUUUCAUACUUCUUGAUGUUUACUGGAUGUUCUAUGAUGAAUCAGUUGUUUAUGUAACAAUAAUGUACACAUGUAAGCAUAAACAGGCUGCAAAUAAAGUAACUGUUCUUGCCAUGUAGGCAGCUUGAAAGGGAAGAGGAGCCCCCAACCUGUGCCGGCAUCGUAUCUUUUGCUUUUCCUCUGUGAACACUUGCCAGCAAGUGCUGCGUUUUAUCUUCAACUCAUUACUUUAAAUUGUGCCCACUGUAGUGUAACCUAACUGAGGUUUGCUCUGUUGUUACAAGAAAUUUAAAGAGGAGGAACUGGC